AUCAGAAGUGGAGGCAAAACCAAAGCUGAUAAGUUCUUCAGAACUGAUGACGGAUCCCGAGGACAAAGACCAGGACCGAUUCGGACGCAAUCAGAAAGAGCUUCUGGAGCUUUGCAAGAGGCGCUUCUUCUACCGGCAAGCAUCGGACAUCUAUGGUGGUGUUGCAGGCUUCUAUACCUAUGGCCCACCAGGUUGCGCCGUGAAGAACAAUAUCAUCAGCCUUUGGAGACAGACCUUCGUGAUCUCCGAACAUCUCCUGGAGAUUGAGGACUCGUGAAAGUGUUAGAGCGUGUUAGGACCGACUUUGGGGAUUCAGGAUCUUAUGUGUGGAUAUGUAUUGCAGUAUGCCGCCAAUGCAAACCUGACCCAUUGCAUUCAGUUGCCCUCAAUCAAGACGGGAUCAAAGGUGUGGAAUCAGUCAAUGCAUUUUCUUGACCCUUCUGUCAGGACAGCUGCAUUAUGCAGCAUUCUGUUCUCAAAGCUUCUGGUCAUGUAGAUCGCUUCAAUGACUUUAUGGUGAAGGACGUCGAGGACGAGUCCAAGUUCUUCAGAGCCGACAAGCUCUUAGAGGAGGUCAUGGAAGCCAAGCUGCAAACACCAGGCAUCACCGAAGCACAGAGGCAUGAGUACACCACUGUGCGAAACCAGGCGGAUGCCUUCUCACAGAAAGAGAUGUGGGAGAUGUUUCAGAAAUACGCGAUCAAGUCCCCGGAGACAGGGAAUGGCUUGAGCGAGCCCUACGAGUUCAAUUUGAUGUUUCCGACCCCAAUUGGCCCAGGUGGCUAUUUGCAGGGUUACCUACGACCAGAGACAGCGCAGGGCAUUUUCUUGAAUUAUAAGUAUUGCUUGGAGCAGAACUCCAACCGCCUUCCCUUUGGUGUGGCGCAAGUGGGGCGCUCUUUCCGCAAUGAGAUUGCGCCCCGGGCUGGCCUUACAAGACAGAGAGAGUUCACCCAAGCAGAGAUCGAGUAUUUUGUGAAUCCCAAGCAGAAGGAUCAUCCAAAGUUUGGACUGGUGGAAAGUACCGUGCUGACUCUAUUCCAUGCGGAUGCACAGCUCUCUGCACAAGACCCUGUCAAGAUGACAGUUGGGGAAGCAGUGCGUUCGGGUCUCAUCAACAAUGAGACUCUGGGCUACUUCAUUGUUAAGACAUGGCAAUUCCUGGUCAGUAUCGGAUUGAAGAAGGAAUACAUUCGUUUUCGUCAGCACCUGCCGACAGAGAUGGCUCACUAUGCCUGUGACUGCUGGGAUGCAGAGAUCUUUGGGUCCUAUGGGUGGUUGGAGUGCGUCGGAAUCGCUGACCGCUCUGCGUUCGAUUUGACAGCACAUGCUAAUGCAGCAAAAUGCGACUUGCAAUACAAGGAGCAUUGG